CAGAGGUGUAGGUGAGAUGGAGAACCAGCCCUGUAGCAUGCUGACUGCAGGCCCUCUGUCUGCAGAAGCCCAGAGGGUCCUGGCUGCACUGAGAGCUCAGUAUGCUGGCAGAAUAGACAGCAGACCAUACAUAGCGGACUCCUUUGGCAGAGCCCCCAGGCUGUCUCAAAUUCAUGGCGCCUUCGACAAACCUCCAAAACCACACACACAGACUAAAAUACUUCACAAGGAGAGAGAGAGGCAAUUAUUCAAACACUCCCCAGAGAUGGAGCUCCCCAGUCAGCCUGACCUACGGCAGUUAGGUGAUGGAGAUAACAAAUUUAAUCAAUGGGGAGCAGAUAAACGAGGUGAUAGGAGGCCAAGAUAUUAUGGAGAUGAUGGCAGUCUGUCAGGGUUUAACGCUGGGAAUAACAUCCCAUGUCCCAGCAGAAGCCCUCCAGAGCCAGAUCCACAGGGAGAAGAGCUUUUCCCCAGGAACAGCUUUGUUAACAGGAGAACCCCACAGGCUGUCAUGGGAUUACCAGAGACACAUAGUGAGAUCUCCAGUAGGAAGGAAAGAAUCCAGCUACUGGCUUCUAGUGAAGAGGAUUGUAAAGCAGAGGUAAUAACUCGCACCCCUCCUGUGAAGAGACGGCGGUUUGGUAAUCUGCAAAUACCCAUGAUCACCUGUUCAAAACAGUUUGAGGAAGAUGAUUCUAGGCAGAAAAGUGAAGUUGGGAAAACAAAUGAAAACCCUGAUCAGAUGCCGUUUUGGAGCUUUGAAGAGAAAAAAGCAGAAGAAUACUCAAGAUCACUGGAGUGCCAGAGUUAUUUAAAAGACAAUCCAACAUCCAGGAGAGAAAGUCAGACAAUUGGUCUCGCCUUAGCUGAUUCUUGUCACGACUCGGCUACGAAUAAAAUACUAACGAACGCAAGCCAUCUGCCAGUUCAUCACAAUUUGGUUUCACUCAGAACCAGUGACUUUGACCAGUACACAGUGGACAAAGAAGAAGCAUCAGUGACAGAGAUAGAACCAGCCAAAGUGGAACACAAUGCUGACCUGUACAUGCAUCAGUCCGACAUGAAAAACGAUCAGAUGGAGACCGAGGAGCUUGGCAUUGAGCCAGAGAACAAUGCAGCUCCUAAAGUCACAGAAACACAUCCUGAUCAGCAGGCCUUCUCACAGGUAUAUCAACAGAAUGGGAGUACAUCAACAGAACCUUGUACGACAAUCAACCUUGCAGACAAUGAUGUGUUUACAUAUGAAAUCAAAUUUGCUGACGACGACAUCAGGAUGUCUGUAGGUCGUACGAGUUCUGGAGUAGCGUGUGUGCAGAACGUGACCCUUCCAGCCAAGUGGUCUGGAAAAUGGGAGCCUCGUCAAUCAUCACAAGGGACUCCUGAAAUCGAAUCGUGCUCUAAUCGAACCUCCAGCGUCAGUGGAGACGCUAAAGUGCAGCUUAUUCACCAGGCACAGCAGAGCAGAGGGAGAAGUCAGUUUCUAUACCCAUUGAAAAGUAUUCAGAAUCAGGAAGAGAUGCCAGUACAGACAAUGACCCCUUUGAGAGAACAUACGAAGCACGAAUCAAAUGUAGAAAUUAUCCCCAACAUCCCUAAAGCUGCCAGACAGAGGUGCUCUGCUUCAGAGGUGAAUGAGCAGAUACACCCGGACAGAGACAGGGAUGGGGACAAGACCAAAGAGACUACCAAAUGUACUCUAGCCCUAACCUCUGACCCCCGAGUGUGUGACGCCAGCCGUCUCUCACAGGAAGAGAGGAUGUGUGUGUUGGAGGAGGCUGCGAGUGCGAGGGCGCUGGUGGUUACGAUGGUAUAUCAGGAUGGAACCACACAGCUGGACCCUGAGCAGAAAUGCCCCCGCCGUGCUGUGUGUGGAGUUUUGGUUCUGCUGAAGAAGAGUCUCGAUUCACUUGUUCUGGAGGAGACUGGAGCAGCUGCGGAGAGGGUGCUGUUUCUGAGACUAGAACAGAGACCUGCCUGGGCUCAGAACGACCCACAACACAGUCAGGAUCUAUUCAGCAGAGAGAUACUGGUGAAGAUGGUGUGUGGAACCCAAACUUUUGUGUGUUAUAAAUCUAAAGACCUCCUCCGAACAGUACUCGGGCAUUUCAGCAAGAAUCUGAGCUGGAAACAAGUGGCCGGUUGUCAGGUGUUGGAUCCUCAGAUUGCUGCCUGGUUACUAGAUCCUGCUGAUUCUGCUUCCUGCUUUCAGGACCUUUUCAACAAAUACUGUACUCGGCCCACCACACACACCCCUGCACUGGCCGAGCUCGGACACAAGAAGGUAACCCAAGUGAUCUCCAGCCUGACUCACUUACACAGGGUAAUGGUGGAGCUUCGGAAUAAGCUGGAGACACAGGGUCUGUGGACUCUCUACUUCUGCAUGGAGCAGAAGAUGAUUCCAGUUUUAGCAGCAAUGGAGAGCCACAGGAUCCAUGUGGACAGAGAUGCCUUAAAGAAGACCUCAGAGAUGCUGGGGACUAAGAUGAAGCAGUUGGAGCAGGAGGCUCACCAGACAGCUGGUCAGAAGUUCCUGGUGUCCAGCAGUUCUCAGCUUCGACUGGUUCUGUUCGAGAAGCUCCGCCUGCACGAACGCUGUGAGAACAAGAAGCUACCCAAAACCAUGCUCAAACAGCAGCAGUCCACCUCAGAGGCUGUGCUCUUACAGCUCCAGGACCUGCACCCCCUUCCCAAAAUCGUUCUGGAAUACAGGCAGGUGCACAAAAUCAAGUCUACAUUUCUGGAUGGGAUUCUGUCCUGUAUGACAAAGACGUUCAUCUCGUCCACGUGGAACCAGACGAGUACUGUCAGCGGUCGACUGUCUGCCAGACAUCCAAAUUUCCAGGCUCUGCCCAGGCAGCCAGUACAGAUCUCAAAGAAGCAAUGUGUCGAAGGUAAAGAAGCAGAGCUGGUAACUGUUCACCCACGUACCAUGUUCAUACCACGAGAGGGAUGGACUUUCCUUUCCGCAGAUUUCUGUCAGGUGGAAUUGCGUCUGUUGGCUCAUCUGUCAUCUGACCCCGAGCUCUUGAGAAUCUUCCAGAACCCUGAAGCAGACAUUUUUAACAUGCUCGCCUCUCAGUGGAAGGGUGUAAGUGAGGACAGUGUAAGCGCAGAGGACAGAGAGCACGCCAAACGCGUUGUCUAUUCGGUGGUCUAUGGAGCUGGAAAGGAGCGUCUGUCUGGUAUACUGGGUGUGAGUGCUGAAGAGGCCAGUCGUUUUCAGGACAGUUUCCUUCAGAAGUACAAAGAGGUGCAGGCCUUUAUCCAGUGCACCGUACAGCACUGCCACAAGUACGGUUACGUAAAGUCCAUAAUGGGUCGGCGCCGUUCCCUCACUCAUGUCCAUUCAACGGACUGGGGCAUCCGGAACCAGGCAGAAAGACAAGCCGUCAACUUUGUAGUGCAAGGUUCCGCUGCAGACCUCUGUAAAAUGGCCAUGAUACACAUCUGCUCACUCGUGGCGUCUUCCACCGCUCUCACUGCCAGGCUGGUGGCUCAGAUCCAUGAUGAACUACUCUUUGAGGUGGAGGACUCACAGAUGGAAGACUUUGCAGUGUUGGUGAAGAAAACAAUGGAGUCCCUUCAGCAUAUCAGUUGUCUCGGAGUCAGUCUUACGGUUCCUCUGAAGGUCUCUGUGUCUACAGGACGAUCGUGGGGCUCCAUGUGUGAAGUCAAUCUCCCCCAUGCUGCUAGCACACACACCUCUGUUUGAGCCCGCUUUGAGGUUUCUCAAUGCCAGUGUGUGUUCAUCUGCCAAGCUCUCUGCCUCUUAUUCUUUUCCUGGAUCGUUCACUGCCUCAUUGUAUUUCUCAUUUUCAGGGGCUCGUUUCUGUCCGUCUUUUUUGGUCUCUCUGUUAUUUUUUUUCCUUCAUUUUCCUGCUCGUUUCAUUUCUUCUCUCCUUCUUUCUCUGAGCUGAAACCCAUCGCCAUGGUAACUGGGCUGCUGCAGCUCCUGGUUGUUAUUCCUCACUUGCUGUAUCCGGGGGCAACCGUAGGAGCCUAGACUGGAUUGCGCCAGUUUGUGUCUUUCUUUUCCUUCAGGCAUUUGUCUCCUUUCACCACUUCUAGGCCAUUUUGGUUCUGCACCCUGGUUUCUAUCCAUCUCUUGCUCAGUGCCAGUCCUUGUCCAGUCCACAUUCUUACCAUCAUUUUUUAUUUUUUUAUGUAGAGAUAACAUGUUCAUCAAGCUUUUGUUUUUCUUAACGAUUUUUAGCAGUUAUUAAAUCUAUUAUUGUUCACAUUUUAGCAAUAAAUAUUCAAAUAUUUUAACCGAAAGUAACUUCAGUGAAAAUGUUACAGUGCAAGUUUUAUCUUAAAUCCCUGUUAUGUUCACCUUCUCUUACUGCCGCUUCUUGAUAAUUACAGUAGUUAUGUUAGCAGUGGGUUGGCAGGGACCUGGUACGUUAGCUACUAUUACAUUAAAUUUCUUCAUCUCAGCUGCUUUCUCAAUGUCUGAAUAUGACACGAACCCCAUGCUGCUUCUUCUUCUUCUGUAUACACUGUCCUGUCUUCAUAUACACACACAUACACACCGAAUUCAAUGCCAAACACUCUGUCCCAGUUUCCCAGUCUGGCAAAGGUGUGCUGUGUCUCUAAAUUCCCCUUGGUUAAAACCCUUUAC